AUGCUUCAAGUUCUAGAUAUUGGUAGCAAGGUUGAUGAUACCUUCCCAUAUUGGCUAGAAAGUCUUCUUGAAUUGCAAGUUCUUGUUCUUCAUUCAAAUCAAUUUUACGGUUCUGUAUGGAGUUGCUCAAAGAUGAAGCACUAUUUUCCUAAGUUGAAAGUAUUUGACCUCUCAAACGACAGAUUUUGUGGUCCAUUGCCAGCCUGGUAUUUCAAAGAUCUUAAUGCCAUGAAGGAUGUUAGUGAAGCUGACAGGAAGUUGCAAUAUAUGGGUGAAAGUUAUUAUCAAGAUUCCAUUACAGUGACAAUGGAAAGGCUUCAGCUUGAACUAGUAAAAAUUAUUACUACUUUUAUUGCCAUUGAUUUUUCAAAUAAUAACUUCCAUGGAGAGAUUGCCUAA